AUGUCACGGCUGUUGACGUGUACUGGCGUCUGUCUGCUUCUGCUCAGUAGCUACGGUUCCAUCGUUUGGUGUUACGAGAACACUGCUCCGUACACCGUGCGUCGUCCGCUGGACACACUGUUCCGGGCCGGUUCCUUUCCGCAGAAACAUGCCGGACCUGUUCCGGCCGUGGGGCUCAAUGGUAGUGGUUCACACGCUGCGCACGAUGCUCACGGUUCAUUAGCGAACGAUCAACAGCACCAGCCACAACGACAACCAUCCAUCGCUGGACAGUUCCAAGCGGCGGGUCCUCUGGAGCAGCAUCGGGCCGUACUGCAUCGGCGUGUAGAGCCGGGAGGAGGUUCGACUGGGAACCAUCAUCGUUGGCACGCAGAUCAAAGACCAGACGUGUUCGGAGUCGACACGGUGCCAGCAUUCCAACGUGCCCUUCCGGCAAUCGAUAUCGGUAGUCCGGGCAGCGACAAUGAUUUCAUUGGCCACGGGGGACAAUCACCACUGGACAUGUUCGAGUCGUCCGUACCGGACGCAGCACUCGACCCCACGGACAACGAGAUCGGCGACAAUCCGCUGCUGGCCGCACUGGGUGCGAUUAGUGGACCACGGGUGGUUGACCACGAAGAGGUGGUACCACCGAACCAACCAACAGGCCGCAUGAUGGAAAGCAUCGAUCUGAUCCGGGAGCAACUGGAGCGCAUCAAGCAGGAGGAGGACAUCGAAAUCAAAUCGAAUCUGCUGAUGAAGCUGUUGACGGAAUUGCCCGAGGGACCGUUGCCGAUUGUCUACAUUGAGGAUGCGGCCGGUAAAGCGGGCCCAGCACGGCGUGUGACGGAAGAGGACGAAGAUGACACGGUGGAUAACGGUGCGUCGGAGCCGGGAGAUGAGGACGGUGACGACGGACAGCUGUCGGUCGAUGGUAGGAUCCGAGCGGAACCGUUCACACCGAACGGUGGCAAACGAUCCGGGCGCUACUAUCGGCGCUAUCCCUGGAAGCGCCAGAACGCACGAAGCCGAACAUAUGAUGCCGAAGCGCGUUACCUGUGCGUACCGAGCCGUGAGGACGUGUUCAAGCUGCUCGUCGGGCUGCACGAAAACCGAAUCGGCAAUCACCAGAAGACGGUCAACUUCUGCAACCGAAAGCGUCCGGCAAAGGCCAUCUUUACAAACAUCCGCUUCCUGGGCUAAGUUUUGAAAAGGAAUUUUGCAACAAGGGGAACCGCACGGGAGAUGUCAUCGAACUGGACCAUCAGAAUGGGGAAAUUCGAUCAACUCUUUCGGCGUGACUUUCCCCGUCCUGAUUUUACUGGGUUUCCCCCCGGUUUUAUCAUACGGCGUGAUCCGACAGCUCUUUGACAGAUGAGACAGCAAACCAAACAAAUGAAGUAAAGUUUUCCAUUGUCCGCAUUGUGUCCAUACAACGUUAACCUAUCGGUCCGGGGACUGGUUCUUGCUCGAUUAGAAUUAACCCGGUACGGUCGAAACGGUUUUUUGCAGUGAUUUAGUGUGUAGAAGGGUGAGUGUUGAUUUCGUGAAAAGUAAGGAAAGAGAACACACUGAAACUCAAUCACCCACAUAAUUGUAUACAUUUAUACCCCACCCUUGGAACAGGAUGGAAAUUUAAAAUGAAAAGAAAAACCAUACAAAAAAAUCGUACAUCCUCAGCACAUGGCGCCUAUCUUAUCGUAUUAAUAUCCCUUUUCCUCCCUCAUGUUGUCAUUAGAUAAGGUUUACCACGUACAUACACGUACACAUUUUUCCUCGUCCUGGUCUCGGCGAGCUUCCCGGUAAGCUGGCAGGUGGGCAGGGUUGCUCACACCGGACCGGAAGAGGGACUUGGGAGAAAUAGACUUUAGAGCGGCUGGCGGGAUGGGCGAAACACAACAGAGUGGUACAAAAGAAAAAGGGCUCAAAACACAUAUUAGGCACACUAACCCUGGUUCAACCUGUACGAUAGGAGGCUCUGUAUGUAGGUGUAUUUGUGUUACCGAUCAAUCUCCAAUGUCCUUCCAUUUGGCAGCAUACCUUCUUCUUCCCACAGUUGGGGUGAAAGGGUGAAGAAUAAAGGUGGUGGUUGGUGACGGUGACGGGACGGGUUAACACUUCCGGUGGCUGCUGUGUGGGAUAAUUUGUAAUAUUGUAAAAAAAUAACUCAUACACACACUGACAACAUUGACAACCAAUUAACGUCCUAACAUGGCAACGGUUAAAAAUAGCAAACAAAAGAAAACAGUAAGAAAAAAGGAAAAAAAACAUAAAACACACCCAUAAGUAACUAAGUCAAUGCCCCAAACCCAUCCUCACACUGUAGUUGCGUAGUUGUGAAUAACAAAAAAAAAUAAUAAAACAAAACGAAUAAGCGAAGUAUGAAAAGGAAGGAAAUUAAAAAUCACUACAUAUAUAACAGCAUGGCGCUGUAGAUGGCGAAGCUGCUAAACAAGGCAAACGCAACAACACACGAUACAAUACAAGUUUCAAUUUAACAAAUAAAAAAUAAAGUAAAGAAUAAAGUUGUGGAUAAACUCCUGUACUACAUACAUUCA